AUGUUUGCCCUGUUGUACCUGUUAACUCACUGGAGCCUUCUUAAUUCAGGAGAAAUCCCUGCAGAUAAGACUUGCAGUAGCUUGCCUCAAGCUUGGAGUGUUCCCCGAGGGGAUCGAAUAGAGCCUGAACCUGUGAUGAAGUGUAGCUAUGCUCAAGCUGCCACUGAUCAAGGUGGUAAAAGGAAAAGGCCUCCAGUAAGCUGCAAACUAUACGAUGCAAGGUCAAAAAGGAUUAAAAAGAUGGGCUGGAAACCAGAAAUAGUUCUAAAUAUGUGCAACGAGCUUGCCAAAAGUCUCAAGCCACCCCCUUUCUCGUAUUUGCUAAGUGAUCAAGAGGCAUCUUCACUUAUCAACACUGUGAUUGGCAAUGUACCACUUGGGUCUUACCUUGGCUAUCAGCUGUUUUACAAGAAAAAAUCCCAAACUGUGCAAGAAUCGAGCCCUUUCCUGACCUACCAUUGGCUAAUUUGAACAACUCAUUUAUCCCUCCAGUUCUUAAUCAACCUCAGAAUGAUGUCAUUAAAAAAAUAACUAUUCCUCAUUGGCAGAAUCACAACAGAUAGAAAAAAUAACUGUCCGUCAAUCUCUGGAGCCAGAAUUGUUGUUUCAAAGAAGCAAGAGACUAACAGCAUCCAAUUUUGGCAAAGUUUUAAAAAGAAAAAGACCUCCCACUGAAUCUUUUGUGAGAGACAUAUUUGUUCCAAAGGAUUUAUCGAAGGUAUCAUCCAUUCGUCAUGGAAGAUAA